AUGUCAGAAGAAGAAGAUUUUGCUCCGUCAGAAACCACAGGUUAUAAAGUUGGAGAAAAGAAAACACUCGAUGAGUACAAGAACUUGGAUGCUACCGAUGAAUCACUAAAUAAAUGGAAAGAAUCUCUCGGGUUGCAUAGAGAAUCCGGGCCUUCGGAUGACCCCCGUAGAGUUGUAAUCCUCCAAAUUGCUUUAGAAGUUGCAGGGAGACCUGAUGUCGUGUUAGAUUUGUCAACCAAAGAAGCCCUUGAAAACGUCAAAAAUACGCCUUUCGUGAUCAAAGAAGGAGUCUCAUAUCGCUUGAAGGUCAAAUUUAGAAUCCAACAUGAUGUGGUAGCGGGGCUCAAAUAUUUGCAAGUUGUAAAAAGAAAGGGAAUUAGAGUUGAUAAAACUGAAGAGAUGAUUGGUAGUUAUGGUCCCAAUUCCGAACCUUAUGAAAAGAAGUUCCAACUCGAGGAAGCUCCUAGCGGCAUGCUUGCACGAGGUCACUAUGAAGCAAAGAGUAAAUUCAUUGAUGAUGACAAUGCGACUCAUAUUGAAUGGAAUUGGUCCUUUGAUAUCAAGAAAGAUUGGAAUUAA